AUGGCCUCUCUUCUCACCAACGGAAUUUCGCCCUUUUCCUCACAGCCCGUUUCCGAACUUGCGAAAGGGUCUUCACUCCACUUCACUCCCAAAUCCCCCGUUUACAGAAACCCUAGUUCUAGAACUUCCUUCAAAAUCAGGGCUGAUGUCGGAUAUGAACCCAAGACCACCAUCGACUCCCCAGGUAAGAAAUCAUCAGAUGACGAUGACCCACUUCAGAAAUUCUUGAAAAGAGACUAUAAAUGGGGUUUUACUCAAGAAAUUGAUUCAUUUUCUAUUCCUAAGGGGCUCUCUGAGGAAACUAUUAGGUUAAUUUCUUCAAGAAAGGGUGAGCCGGAUUGGAUGCUGGAGUUUAGGCUAAAGUCCUAUGAGAAAUUUGUUAAAAUGAAAGAGCCCAAAUGGUCUGACAAUCAGUACCCAAGAAUUGAUUUUCAAGAUAUUUGCUAUUAUUCGGAGCCCAAAAAGAAGCCAACUUUAAAUAGUCUUGAUGAGGCUGACCCUGAGCUCAUUAGGUACUUUGAUAAACUUGGGGUGCCUUUGAACGAGAGGAAUAGAUUGGCUAAUGUUGCAGUUGAUGCUGUUCUAGAUAGCGUCUCGAUAGCUACUACUCAUAGAAAGACAUUAGAGAAGGCGGGUGUUAUCUUUUGCUCAAUUUCGGAGGCCAUCAGAGAGUAUCCGGACUUAAUUAGGAAGUAUUUAGGGAGAGUUGUCCCUGCUGAUGAUAAUUUCUAUGCUGCUUUAAAUUCAGCUGUGUUUAGUGAUGGCUCGUUUGUAUAUAUACCAAAGAAUACGAAGUGUCCUAUGCAAAUAUCAACAUAUUUUAGGAUAAAUGCCAUGGAGACUGGACAGUUUGAGAGGACACUGAUAGUUGCAGAUGAAGGGAGCUUCGUUGAGUACUUGGAGGGCUGUACAGCUCCUUCUUAUGAUACUAAUCAGUUGCAUGCCGCAGUAGUGGAGUUGUAUUGUCAUGCUGCUGCUGAGAUCAAGUAUUCUACAGUUCAGAAUUGGUAUGCAGGUGAUGAAGAAGGGAGAGGAGGGAUCUUUAAUUUUGUUACCAAGAGAGGGCUCUGUGAGGGGCCUCGAUCAAAGAUUUCAUGGACGCAAGUGGAGACCGGUUCUGCAAUCACAUGGAAGUACCCGAGUGUUAUCUUAGAGGGCGAUGAAUCAGUUGGUGAAUUUUAUUCUGUGGCACUGACCAAUAACUAUCAGCAGGCUGACACAGGGACUAAGAUGAUACACAAGGGGAAGAACACUAGAAGUAGGAUUAUUUCAAAAGGAAUUUCAGCCGGACAUUCAAGAAAUUGUUACAGAGGUCUUGUCCAAGUAAUGUCCAAUGCUGAUAAUGCUCGGAAUUCGUCGCAAUGUGACUCAAUGCUCAUUGGCGACAAAGCCGCUGCCAAUACUUAUCCGUACAUUCAGACAAAGAACCCCACAGCCCGAAUUGAACACGAAGCGACCACCUCCAAAAUUGGUGAAGAUCAGUUAUUCUAUUUCCAACAGAGAGGUAUUGACUAUGAGAAAGCAAUGGCUGCCAUGAUAUCUGGGUUCUGCCGGGAUGUGUUCAAUGAACUCCCGGACGAAUUUGGUGCUGAAGUGAAUCAGCUCAUGAGUUUGAAGCUUGAAGGUUCCGUUGGUUAGGCCUUGGCACUGUGACAAGGCAACAUUUCUUUGUAGAUCGUCUAACCUAUUAGUUUUGAUCCGAAAAAACUGAAGAUGUUUUCAAGUUCUCCUUGUCCUUAAGAAUGGACUUCUACAGAUGAUCUGUAAAUGUUAAGUCAUAUAUAUUUGUUUGUCCUGUAAGUUCCUCUUCGUCGUGGAGUUUGAUCUAUACAAUAAGCUUUGUUGGAUAAAACAUCAAUCGCUCUUAGUUGACA